CACCCAAUACCGUUGUGGAAAACAGGAGCCCAACAACGAAAAGCUUACGUGGAUCUGACUUUCAUGGAAACCCCCGUGUUAAACGGAGACCACCCUUCUGCUGUGAGAAAUAGUGGGACCUUACAUAGGAUGGCUGACAAUAGGGGUCCAGACGAAGUGGCAGCCAAAAGCCCGACGAUAAAGACAACAGACGACCUGUUUGCUAUGAUUCAUCAGGCUAAGAAAAGGUUGACAAUUCAUGUGGACCCAGAGGACGGAGGUCGGAGGGCGAGGUCAGCGUCACCAGCUCCGAGGGCAGUUAACAGGACCGAAACGAGGAAGCCAAGCACACCUGCGGCAUCAGAACCAACACCAAGACCGAAGUCUCGGCUUGGUCCAAAGAACUCCACGAGCAGGGAAGACUUUAAGGCUCUCCUGCUGAAAAAUGGAAUGAGGCUGGACCCGUCAUCGAGGAUGUCUGCUGCGGAGAAGCUGAGGAAGAACCCCAUCCUCACACGACAACGUUCACCGGACGACGCCUCCUCCACGUGUAGCAGCGUAGAUGAUCUCACCGAUGACUACGAAGCAGAGAGAGGCGGGAUGGCGACCAUGAAGGACCUGAAGUCAGUGAUGUCAAACACUCGCAGCCAUUCGAGGACAAGCGACUUAGGUCUGUUCAGCAACGCCGACCUACUCAGCCCAACUGGGACGGUGAAGAGAAACCCUAAAGCUUCUUCUACCCCAAAGAGUCCUUCUUAUGCCAUGGUCACUCGGUACACGGUGGGAAGGAGUCGAACACCGAGCGAGCCCAUGCACGCAAUAUCAGAGGCACCUGACGAAGUCGGUUCCCCGGAAUACAAGACGAGAUCGAAAUCGUUCUCGGGACUGAUUGAUUCGGAAUCUCCCCGUGGGAGACUGAUGGAGUCGAUACGCAGUGUCGGAGAUAUGGACAAAGACAGAGAUAGGACAGAAGCAAUAAGCACAUUGGAAAGGAAGGGUUCAACAUCGGGAAGCUCGUUGGACGAGAGUCCAAAUGCAUCUAUGCACACAGCGUUGCUGGAACAUGUCAAGAACUCUAUGAGAGUCUUUCCGGAUGGGAAUUCACAAGAGGAUGUAGCCUCAAAUGCUGGGGACUGGGACUAGAUGGUGUUAUAGA